AUGAAGGCAACGCCCAAAGUUGCGGCCUCCAGGAGCAGUGCGCCCAAUCCCAAAGGAAGUCCAGGCUUGAGGAGACGACCUCCACAGCUUGCGACAAAGGCUCAGGCAGCGCCAAAGCAAAGGUUGCGCUCGAGCAGCCCGAAUGAGUUGAAGGACAGAAAGCAAGUCGCAGAGGCUCGAGCCGCUCCGAGUCAGGACUCGAAAGCUGCGAAGCCUCCGGAGCGGACUCGAACUCCUCAGCGGAGCCCACGGACCCCAAGUCCCAAGAGAAAUGCGCGCGAACGCAGCUCAAAGUUAGGAGUUGCUACAGUGCCCAGCGAGAAGGUCGAGAAAGUUGAGAAGGUUGAGAAGGUUGCUUCAGAGCCUCAAGAGGAGGAGCGCCUCCCACACUCCUCGCGAGUUUCAGAUGCUGUGAAGGCCACUCCACCUCCUGCAAUGACUCUGGAGGCACUCUAUGCAGAGAACUAUCGGCUGAAGCAGCAGGUUGCUCGCCAGCGUGCGGAGAUUCAGGAACUGCGAUCGCAAAGCCUUAGUCAGACGCACACUCCAGUGCCGGGUGAGCCAGUGGCGAGCUAUUUAGUUGGAUCCAGAAGCACCACCCCUGUCAAGGUGCAGUGCGGCACAUAUUCUGUGCCUGCACCUGCUCCAUGUAGGACUGUGGCCAUUACAACGGCAUGUCCUUGUCAAGUGCCGGUCAGCAGAGCAUCCUUGUCACCCAGAAUGGUCAGAGUAACUUCUCCCUCUCCUGCUUCAACACUGACGACUGACACGUUGACAACGCCCAGGCAGGUGGAACAUGCCUACCCCGUGCACAUUCCUGUCGCCUACCCUGCGCCCUAUGCCUGUGGUCAGGUGCAACCUUCCGUGAGGGAAACCAUCUUUCGACUUCAUUCUGGCCCUCCAAUGACUUAA